AUGCAGCGUGCGGUUUCGCCUUUGGAAACUCCCAUCACUCAACGCGGCAAGUUCGUGCGAGACUCGAAUUUGAGACACUGUUCGGGUUCUAGGUCCGGCCCACCAACCCACACCGACACCGACACCAACACAGUCAUGUCUCACAUCCGACAGGCAUUUCCCCAGACAUCGACAUCCAGCUCGCGGGUCUCCUCAGUCACUCGGGUAGAGCAGAAUACAUCGAAUGGACGAGUAACCGGGACCUUAAGACUAAGGGCUGAGGAUGUUCCCUCAGUCGAUCAAGACGCGUCUCCGGCACGGCGUAUUCGGUGGAGCGAGGACGUGGUCGAUAACGAAGGCAUGGGCAAAAAGAGUUCGAAAGUAUGUUGCAUCUACCACAAGGCGAGACCAGUUGGUGAAAGCAGCUCCGAGUCGGAAUCCUCGGACUCGGAUUCGUCGAGUUCAGACAGUGACCAGAGGACUGGUGAUGCAGGUUCUAAGAGGAACUGCCACCAUCACCGCCACAAUCAUCAAGAUGGGGCUCAGGAGUCGCCGGAGAGGGGCCGGGCUGGCAGCGGCCAUAGCCAUGAUAGUAGGAAAACGAAGCGAAGAAAGCCCAGUCCAAAUGCAUACGAAAAGAUGCCGAAGAACACCAAGGGCUGA